GAACCAGUGGGCGUAGCGCCAACGGCAUCCAGUCGUCGUUCGCCCGCGUUCACUGCAGCAGAGGCAGCUGCAGCCCGAGUCUUGCUUGACGUCAGGACGACCGGUUUCUCAAUCGUCCAAUCCAUCGGGCCUCGUACUCCGGCGUCCGGUCCCGUGAAACUCCGGCGCAAGCGCGAGAGACGAGACGAGACGAGCCGAGGGAAGGAUUGCAUUCGCAGGUGUCAGAAUUAAUUGCCCGCUCGAGUUUCCGCGCGUGCGUGCGUCGUCCUCGACUUCAUAAAUUGAAUAAUUCGACUGAUUGCGCUCUGGCUCUCCCGGUUUGCCCGUGCGUGCACCGCACUGCGUUCGUGCUGCAGGAGGAGCUCGUGGCUGGGACUGGCGAUCGGGAGAGAAAUGACGCGAGAGGAAUUUGAAGAAAUGAUGACGCCCACUUUUCUGAUUUUCGGAGAGAAACUUGAGGAAGCGCGGAGGAUUGCGAAUGACUCUCUCUCGCGGUUCGAGCCUGUUUACGUGGUGAUUGCGUCCAUCUCGUGCUGGAUUAUGCUCAGCCUCGCGUGGCGGCUUGUUUGUUCGUUCUACGAUUUGUUAGCCGAACAAGGGCUCAAAACUGCUUUGGUGAAACUGACGCUCACCUGUAUAAAACUGAUUCCAGGCGCAAAUGACUACAUCAAGAAAGAACAAAACAAGGUUAUAGAUAAAUUGCAAGCAAGCAUGAAAACCGAACGAGAAUGCUGGCGAUCAGAGCUUCCUUCUGCUGGACUCGGAACUCAAGUCAUUGAACAGUUGAAAGCUGAGAAGUCAAGAGACAAGAAGUGGCAAGGGAAAUGUUCUGGAGCAGUGUACAUCGGAGGCAGUGAGACCGAAGGACAUUUCUCUCUAGUGAACGAAGCGUACUGCCUCUUUGCCCACACCAAUCCCUUACAUCCAGAUGUUUUCCCAAGCGUAUCUCGAUUCGAAGCUGAGGUAGUGGCUAUGACCUCAGCCUUGUUUGGAAGUAAGCAUAGCGCUUCAGGAGGACAAGUGUGUGGCAAUAUGACUUCCGGCGGCACAGAAAGUAUCCUCAUGGCUGUCAAAAGCUCACGGGAUUAUAUGCAGGCAAGACGAGGUGUAACUCAACCUGAAAUAAUUAUUCCAGUAUCUGCGCAUUCAGCCUAUGACAAGGCAGCGCAGUAUUUCAAGAUAAAGCUGCGACGCGCACCUGUGAAAGAGGAUUUGAGAGUGGAUGUCCAGGCUGUAAAGAAGCUGAUCAAUAAAAAUACUAUCAUCAUUGUUGGUUCAGCUCCCGGUUUUCCCCAUGGUGUAAUUGAUCCUAUUGAGGAAUUAGGAGCCCUGGCGCUGGGGAGAGGCAUUUGCUUUCAUGUGGAUCUAUGUCUCGGGGGUUUCGUUCUUCCUUUCGCCAAAAAACUUGGAUACCCGAUUCCUGCCUUCGAUUUUACCGUACCUGGGGUGACUUCCAUGUCCGUUGAUGUUCAUAAGUAUGGCCUUGGCCCCAAAGGAACCAGCGUGGUACUCUAUCGAGAUCAUGAAAUUCGCAAGCAUCAAUUUGUUGCUGUAACGGAUUGGUCAGGUGGAUUGUAUAUUUCGCCGUCGAUGGCGGGAAGCAGGUCUGGCGCUUUAAUUGCCGGAGCCUGGGCGUCUAUGAUGGCUUUAGGAGAAGAAGGUUACCUGGAUUCUGUGAGAAAAGUUAUGGAUACUUCUCAAAGGAUACAGAAAGGAAUUAGUCUAAUUCCAGGACUAUACGUUCUUGGAAAGCCAGAUAUGACGGUUGUUGCGUUCGGGUCUAAUGACUUGGAUAUUUACAAAGUGAACGACGUCAUGGCCUCAAGGGGAUGGAGCCUCAAUGCUUUGCACAGACCAGCAAGCAUCCAUAUAUGUGUGACGUUGCAACAUGUAGAUGUGGAGGAUAUGUUCUUGAAAGAUUUAGAGGAGUCAGUUAAUAUUGUGAAAGAAAAUCCCGGGAAGUUUGAAGAUGGCAUGGCACCCAUUUAUGGAGCUGCUGCUAAAAUGCCAGAUAGGGGAACCGUUGGAGACAUACUUGUAGCCUACAUGGAUACAACAUGUUAGGAAGUGGUUGAUUUCUUUCGCCGAAGUUGAACCCCAGCCGACUUUAACGAUCAAGAUGUAGGACAGAGGAACUGAACUUUACAUUGUAAUCUUGUUGCAUACAUUGUUAGCAUUUAAGUGUGCACUUAUGGUCCAUACAGGACUAUUUCAAUACGUUUUUUCCGAGGUGUGGAUCCUGAUCUCUACAAGUACAGUUCCUGAUGGCCGUGUUAUCUGCUGAUUGGUCAAAAUGAGAUAUUUUCCCGAUAGGGACUCUCAUUUGGUCGACGAUUCAUGAAAAAUUGAGGAAAUAUUGUCUGCAUGCCUCCCAUUGUACUACGACCCUUCUUUGAAGCCUUGGUCACUGAGGAAUAAAUAUCAAUCAAGUGUGUACCAUUUUUUCCAGUCAGGUUCGAAUAAAAAUAAUUUGUUUGCA